GAGCUCCUUCGUUUCCAACUCAAGUUCCUGAAUUAUUAGGCCAGGCCACCGUAUACCUUCAAAGAGUAUCUCUGUCGGGGCAGUGUCAGUAUGGGACAGAGUCGCCAAGAAGGUGUCAGCCGUGGGCUGGAUUUGAGGUCUGCUGCAGCUGCUACUGUUGCUGCCAGCGCUGUUAUUGCCAAUGUUGUUGCUGCCUCUGUUUGUGGUGUUGGUGUUGCUGCUGGCCAUGUGGCUGCUGGUGCUGCUGCUGCUGCGGUUGCUGUUGCUGUUGUUGCUGCUGUUGCUCUUGCAGUUGCUGGUUAUGAGUUUGCUGAUGCUGGUGUUGGUUUUGCUGGAUAUGGGAUUGCAGCUGUUGCUGGUUCUGCUGCUGCUGUGGGUGCGAUGGUUGUGGUUGUGGAUGUUGCUGCUGCUGCUGUUGUUGGUGUUGCUGAUGCUGGUUCUGCUGCUGCUGUGGGUGCGGUGGUUGUGGUUGUGGAUGUUGCUGCUGCUGCUGCUGAUGCUGGUGCUGCUGCUGCUGUUGGUGGUGGUGCUGCUGCUGUUGAUGCACUGGGGCUGAGGUGCUGGCCUGCCCUGUCUGCUGCUUCUGCGGACGUGGCGGUUGAGGUUGUGGUUGUGGAUGUUGCUUCUGCUGCUGCUGCUGCCAGUGUUGUUGCUGUUGCUGUUGGUGGUGGUGGUGCUGCUGCUGCUGUUGUGCUUGGGUUGAUGUGCUGGGUUUCUAUCUCUGAGGGCCAACCACACCUGGAGACGUUCUCCCCCUCGAGAUGGUGCUGUGACAUUAGCCGGGGAUUUGGGGGGACGUCCCUUUCCUUACCAUCUCCACUCUCCAGGCUUGUUAACGGACUUUCUGUGGAAGAUCCAGCCUUCAAAGGCGGGGUCUUCUGGAACCCAGCAGCCUGGACCAUCCUGGGCAGUGUAGGUCUGUGGAUAGGUGACCCCUGGUUCUGCAUGCGUAGCACCAAGGGUCCUGCGGAUGGUUCACCUGCACAGCGUAGACCUUGUCAUCUUGUGAGUAAGACCAUUGGCCACUGAGAGGGAAACCAGUUGCAGGGUCCCAAUCAACCGCCACGAGAAGA